AUGUCGACCAGCGUGACUCCUGAGGAGCACAUCGCGCUCCUAGUGAGCUGCAUCAAGACCCUGACUGGGAAGAUUGACUUCGCUGCCGUCGCACGCGACUGCAACAUCAUCACCGCCACUGCAGCGCAAAAGCGGUACUCCCGCCUCCUCAAGGCAAACGAAACUGCAAUGCAGACUGCGAAUGCGAAUGCGAAUGCGAGCGGAAACACCAACGGCAACGGCGAGCCAGCGGCAUCGAGCACUACAGACCAGGACCAGGCUCCGGCCAAUGGAUCGCUGGCGAAGGCCAGCCGUAAGCGGCCCGCCGGGAACAAGGCGAAGGGAAAGGCAAAGACCAUUUCCACCGAGUCUAAGCCUCCCCGCAAAAAGGCCAGAGCCCAGAAGAAGAAGAAAACGGGGCAGCAGGAAGAGAGCGAAGAAGAGCAGGUGGAUGAUGAUAUCUAUGAGGACGCGGAGACUGGCGAGGAGGACGUGUGCUAAAGCGGUUGGUUGUCGGAUCCAGAAGACAAGGCCCAGGAUCUUUGAACACAAGGUCGUGGAUGGUGAGAUCCCUUAACCUGGAUUCAAGGGUGCAUUGGGAAUGAGCAUAACGGCUCCAAGAUUUGAGUUUGCUGCGUUGGUUAUCGAACCCUUGGGCAGAUGCACCUCUGGGAAUGAUCUUU